AUGAUAGGAGAGGGCAAAGCCUCUGUGGCAGCUGUUGCUCAACUGGCUAGAGCCAACCUGGCAGAUUUUGAAGCGGGUGCUCCCGCAUCGGUGGCUGCUUUUGCAUCGCUGGGUAACUUUGGGAAUUGCCCGCAGAAUGAAGAACGUGACCUUCACAGGUGGCUGAGUCAAUUAUUUUCCCUGAAGCUGUCCACUUACUGCGUGGAGGCUGAAGUCCAGGUGCCCAACAAGACCGGCUUACGCAAGACUGCGAUCCCUUUCCUCUUGCCCCACGAGAUUCUUCACUGUCUAGCUAUUGCAAACGUGUGCCAGUUUGCCCGAUCUAUGACUGGCCAUCGAUCUUCAAAUGAGAUUGUUGCCUUCUGGCGGCAUUGCUGCAAACAAGUUGAAUGGCGUGAUCACCCUGCCCUGACCGACGAAACUGUGCCCAAGGAAAGAUUGAUACCGAUUGCUCUGCACAUUGAUGGGGCUGAGUUUUAUUCCAAUUCGGAAUACCUGGUCUGGAGUAUUGGAUCGAUCUUCGUUUCUGGCGAG